UUGAUCGAGAGAGAGAGAGAGAGAGAGAGAGAGAGAGAGAGAGAUGGCUAGUGGAGGAGGAAGCCCUGGAGCUUAUAGGCAUGUAAUUCUAGCUAAGUUGAAAGAGGAUGUUCCAAUAGAGAAACUCCAAGAGAAGCUCAAGUUGUUUGCCAUCCUCCCUUCAAUCAUUCCAGGAAUGAAAUCAUUCCAUUGGGGAAUUGAUGAGAGUGUGUUGUUGAAGCACAAAGGCUACACUCAUGUGUUUGAGGCCACAUUUGAUAGCAUGGACGAUAUAUCAAGCUACUAUGAACACCCCGGUCACCUUGCCUUUGCUAAUCAAGUCUCAUCAGUUGUUGAUGACUACAUUGUUGUUAACUAUAAGCCUAUAUCUAUCACGAACCAGGAGUAAGUUGGUAUCACCACGUUUGGAGAUGUCAGAAAUAAGAUCAAAUUACAAAAUUUGGACCACCUUGUUCUCUUUAAUUUUAUGUAUUCUCUUGUUUUUGAUGGACUGGUUAAGAGUCAGGGACGGGGAGAUUGCAAUAAGGAGACCAUUUUUAUCCCUGCAUUUGAAAGAUAAAUUGGUAUUAAUUAGCCAGUUGGAUGAUGUAAGUUUGAAGUUUAUUUGAAUCAUAAUUGGAGCUUGUGUAAAAUAAAA